AUGGAAUUCCCAACCUUGUCAAUGUACUACCCUGAACUCAUUUUAUCAACUCUUUGCUUCAUCCUCUUCCUUUUGCUUCUUGCCAACUGGUCAUUUGUUGGAAUGUCCCUUACUUUUCUUCUCAAUCUCCAUAAUCUUCCUGAAAAGUUCACUGAGCUUCUGGAGAGAAGCCAGCUGGGUACAAUUUCAGUGCACAGUUCGAAAAUGGACAUGGUGGCAACGACAAAUCCUGGAAAUGUCCACCAUGUGAUGAGCAAAAACUUCUGGAAUUACCCCAAAGGCCCGGCGUUUCAACAACUGUUUGAUGCUCUCGGGGUUUCGCUCUUCACUUUGGACUUAGAGGACUGGAAGACUUACAGGAAACUCAUUCAUAAUUACUUUAUGCAUCCGCAGACUCAUCAGUUCAUGGCCAAGGUCAUCCCUGUGAAUAUAAAAAAAGGGUUGAUCCCAGUGCUCGAGCACGUCUCGAAACAAGAGAUUGUGGUGGAUUUGGAAGAUUUGUUCAAGAGAAAUUUGUAUGAUUUUGCGUGCAUAAUGUCUACAGGAUUCAACCCCAAGACGCUCUCUGUUGAGUUCCCUCAACAUCCUUUCUUUAAAGCCAUGGAUGACAUGUGUGAAGCCAUAUUUUACAGGCAUUUCAUGCCGGAAAGUUUAUGGAAGCUGAGCUGGGUGGGGAUUGGGAAAGAGAAGAAACUGAAUGCAGCAAGAGACACCCUACGUGAAAUUGUAACAAAAUACGUAUCAAUGAAGCGAGAGGAGCUUAAAACCAACAAGGACGAAGAAAAAUUCGAUUUCCUGCAGUGUUUUUUGACUGAACAUGAAGUGUUCGGCUCCGUAUUACACCCGGAAGAGAACAUAAGAGACAACGUCCUGGGCUUCAUUUUCGCUGCACAAGACACAACGAGUGCAACGCUAACUUGGUUCUUCUGGCUGCUUUCGGAGAACCCUGAUGUCGAAAACAAAAUCAGAGAAGAAAUGGAGGAAAAACUGACGGCAAAAGAAGGCUCAAAGUGGGAGAUUUCAAGCAUAGAAGAGGUGCGGAAACUGGUUUACAUGCAAGCAACUUUAUACGAAACAUUAAGGCUGUAUCCACCGGCUCCAUUUCAGGAGAGGAUAGCUUUAGAACAUGAUAUUCUUCCAAGUGGGCACCGGAUCAAACCGCAGACGAAAGUGCAGAUGUCUUCGUAUGCGAUGGCGAGGAUGACGUGGGUUUGGGGAGAGGAUUGUCAAGAGUUCAAGCCAGAGAGAUGGAUAAGUGAGAAAGGAGAGAUUAAACAUGAGCCAUCAAACAAGUUCUUUGCUUUCAGCGCAGGACCCAGGAUUUGUCUAGGGAAGAACAUGGCUUUUACCCUAAUGAAAGCUGUUGCCGCAACUAUUUUGUAUAAUUACUCAGUCCAAGUUGAUAAAACUUGCCCUGUGAUUCCUGCAGCCAGUGUGAUUCUUCACACAAAACAUGGCUUGAUGACCAGGAUCAAAAGUAAGUCCGCUUAA